CCCAGCUCGCCAGGCUCGGCCGCCAUUUCUUCGCUUGGCCUAACGGUCCGGCCAAUCCCAGCGUGCAUCGAGGAGGGCUAAGGCUCCACCAAUCGCAGGCCGCCGAUUCCGACCCUCUUGCCUUGGCUCGGCCCAAUCCAGGCCUCGGACCCGUCGCCCCCGGCCCGCCCCCGCGGCGCCCUCUCUCCUCCCUCUUUGUGCGUCUCGCGCCGCCGCCGCCCGCCGCGUGAGAGGACGGGCUCGGCGCGCUCCGCGGCAGCGCAGUCGGGUCCCCUCCCCCCGGAAGGUUCGCGAAGAAGAAGAAGCCGCCGCCGCCGCCUAAAAGGAGCCGCCAGUGCCGGUCCCCGGGGGCGCCAUGGCGACCGGAGCGAACGCCACGCCGCUGGGUAAGCUGGGCCCCCCCGGCCUCCCCCCCCUUUCCGGGCCCAAAGGGGGCUUCGAGCCGGGGCCACCGCCUGCUCCCGGGCCUGGGGCGGGGCUGCUGGUGCCCGGGCCGCCGCCACCCCCGCCCGUGGGCUCGGUGGGGGCCUUGACCGCGGCCUUCCCCUUCGCGGCGCUGCCGCCGCCGCCACCGCCGCCGCCCCCGCCUCCCCAGCAGCCGCCGCCGCCGCCGCCCUCCCCGGGCUCCUCGUACCCGCCGUCGCAGCCUCCCCCUCCGCCGCCGCUCUACCAGCGCGUGUCGCCGCCGCAGCCGCCGCCACCCCAGCCGCCCCGUCAGGACCAGCAGCCGGGCCCGGCCGGCGGCGGAGGAGACUUCCCAAGUAAGAAGCGAAAGAGGAGCCGCUGGAACCAAGAUACCAUGGAACAGAAGACAGUGAUUCCAGGAAUGCCGACAGUCAUCCCCCCUGGACUUACUCGGGAACAAGAAAGAGCUUACAUAGUGCAACUGCAGAUAGAAGACCUGACUCGUAAACUGCGCACAGGAGACCUGGGCAUCCCCCCUAACCCUGAGGACAGGUCCCCUUCCCCUGAGCCCAUCUACAAUAGUGAGGGGAAGCGGCUUAACACCCGCGAGUUCCGCACCCGCAAAAAGCUUGAAGAGGAGCGACACAACCUCAUCACCGAGAUGGUUGCCCUCAACCCUGAUUUCAAGCCACCUGCAGAUUACAAACCUCCAGCGACACGGGUGAGCGAUAAAGUCAUGAUUCCACAAGAUGAAUAUCCAGAAAUCAACUUUGUGGGGCUGCUGAUUGGGCCCAGAGGGAACACCUUGAAAAACAUAGAGAAGGAGUGUAAUGCCAAGAUUAUGAUCCGAGGGAAAGGGUCUGUCAAAGAAGGGAAAGUUGGCCGAAAAGAUGGCCAGAUGCUGCCUGGAGAAGACGAGCCGCUUCAUGCCCUAGUUACUGCCAACACCAUGGAGAAUGUGAAGAAAGCUGUGGAGCAGAUAAGAAACAUCCUGAAGCAGGGUAUCGAGACCCCUGAGGACCAGAAUGAUCUACGGAAGAUGCAGCUUCGGGAGUUGGCUCGCUUGAAUGGGACCCUUCGGGAAGAUGAUAACAGAAUCUUAAGACCCUGGCAGAGCUCAGAGACACGCAGCAUUACCAACACCACAGUGUGUACCAAGUGUGGAGGGGCUGGACACAUUGCUUCAGAUUGCAAAUUCCAAAGGCCUGGUGACCCCCAGUCAGCUCAGGAUAAAGCACGGAUGGAUAAAGAAUAUUUGUCCCUCAUGGCCGAACUGGGCGAAGCGCCCGUGCCAGCAUCCGUGGGCUCCUCCUCUGGGCCCGCCACCACGCCUCUGGCCAGUGCACCUCGGCCUGCUGCUCCUGCCAACAACCCACCGCCUCCGUCUCUCAUGUCCACCACCCAGAGCCGCCCACCCUGGAUGAAUUCCGGUCCUUCAGAAAGUCGGCCCUACCAUGGCAUGCACGGAGGUGGUCCUGGUGGGCCUGGAGGUGGCCCCCACAGCUUCCCACACCCGUUACCCAGCCUGACAGGUGGGCACGGUGGACAUCCCAUGCAGCACAACCCUAACGGACCCCCACCCCCUUGGAUGCAGCCGCCUCCACCACCGAUGAACCAGGGCCCCCACCCACCUGGGCAUCAUGGCCCUCCUCCAAUGGAUCAGUACCUGGGAAGUACGCCUGUGGGCUCUGGGGUCUAUCGCCUGCAUCAAGGAAAAGGUAUGAUGCCGCCGCCGCCUAUGGGCAUGAUGCCGCCGCCGCCGCCGCCUCCCAGUGGGCAGCCCCCGCCCCCUCCCUCUGGUCCUCUUCCCCCAUGGCAGCAGCAGCAGCAGCAGCCUCCGCCACCCCCUCCGCCCAGCAGCAGUAUGGCUUCCAGUACCCCCUUGCCAUGGCAGCAAAAUACGACGACUACCACCACGAGCGCUGGCACAGGGUCCAUCCCGCCAUGGCAACAGCAGCAGGCGGCUGCCGCAGCUUCUCCAGGAGCCCCUCAGAUGCAAGGCAACCCCACUAUGGUGCCCCUGCCCCCCGGGGUCCAGCCGCCUCUGCCGCCCGGGGCCCCUCCCCCUCCGCCGCCUCCGCCGCCUGGUUCCGCCGGCAUGAUGAUCCCUCCCCGCAGCGGCGAUGGCCCGAGCCAUGAGAGUGAGGACUUUCCGCGCCCAUUGGUGACCCUUCCAGGCAGACAGCCUCAGCAGCGCCCCUGGUGGACAGGAUGGUUCGGCAAAGCAGCCUGAGUUAUUUUUGUGGAUGGAAUCGGAACACGCUGGCUCCAUAUCGUGAAAUUUUUAUUAAUUUUUUUCUUUUUCCUUUGUUGUUUCCUUAUCUCUUCCUUUCUUCAGACUCCGUCCAAGGAGAUGCUCUUCCCCGAUCUUCUGCUGCAAUUAGAUUCCUUUCCUUUUUCUCCAUUCCUUGUUCUUCUCUUCCCAAGGAGAGGAAGGAGCAAAUGGUUUUAGGCGCAAGCUUUGGCCAUUAAUGUCAGUCUGUUUGUGGGGGGAGAGGGGCCUUUGGUUCUAAGAUUUUCAAGGUUGCCAUGACCACCCCAGAGUUGUUGAUUUUUGUUUUUUUGUAGUGUAACAUUUUGUCUUUGCCACCUUUAUAGGGUAGUGGGUUAAUUUCCAGGUCCGGGGCUGACACCCAUCCUGGCACCCCUGCCAGUGAUAGGUAGGGCCGCCUAAGCCACUUCAGGCUUGUCUGCCAUCCUGGAGAGUCCUUUCUGUGCUCCUUGAGCACCUGAGCUGCCUCAGAUUCCAUUUGUUCUUCUCCUUCCUGGAAGGUUUCCUUUCAAAUUUUAUUUUAAUCCCAAACAUCUGAAUGUUUUGCAGUGUCUAGGGGUUCGAGCCCCUUGUUUUUCGUUCUGCUUUUUUCUUCCCUUCCCUCUUCGUGGAGUGAUUAUGUUGACAAGAAUGUAUAACGCGCGUUCUCCUCACUGGUUUAUCUGCAGAAAUUUCUCUGGGCUUUUUUUUUCGGUGUAUGAUUCAACACUGCGUUAAAGGGGGAUGUUCCAUUGAAUAAAAGAGCAGUGUGGUUUUC